AUGUCAACCCUAGCUCCCGAAGCCCUAAACGGCUUUUCCAAUGCCUCGGACUAUGACAAACAUCGUCCAAGCUACCCACCUGAAGCAGUCUCUAAACUCCUAAAGAAUCUGGGAGUGGAAGAUGUGGAAGGAGCUAGAAUUGUAGAUGUAGGAGCUGGGACGGGAAAAUUUACUACUCUGUUGGCGGAGAGGAAGGAAGGGUUUGCAAUUAAGUGUGUGGAGCCGCAUGAUGAGAUGAAGGAGGUUUUGAGGGGGAAGUUUGGCAAGGGGAAUGAGGGGGCGUGGAAAGGGAGUGUGGAGAUUGUUGGGGGGAGUGCACAGAACAUGGAGAUUGAGGAGGGUUGGGCUGAUGCGGUUAUUGCUUCGCAGUCCUGGCAUUGGUUUGCUACAAAGGAGUCUCUGAAGGAGAUUCAUAGAGCUUUGAGACCUGGAGGAGUAUUUGGAAUGAUCUGGAACAUAGAAGAUUAUAACUCACCAAGAGACGGUCGAACAAUAACCACACAAUGGGAACAGGUUCUAAAAGACAUUGUUGAAAGCAGCGAAGAUGAGGUUCCACGUUUCCGUCACGGGAAAUGGAAACAAGUAUUUGAGGAUCAAUUAGAUUCCACGCCAUUGCAAACCUUGAAAGAUACUUUCACGCAGGAUUUACCGCAGUUCUCACUACCGCUUGGAGAAGAUCAUAUUGAGUGGACGGUUUGGUUGAGUGAUGAGGCUAUUUGGAAUAGGUUCGGGACUUUGAGUGCUAUAGCGGUGAUGGAGUCUGAAAAGAAAGAACAAGUGAAGCAGAAGGUUCUCGGAUCGUUAAAGGGAAUGGAUGCUGAGCGUAAUGAGAAUGGUGAGGUUGCGUUGCAUGGUAAGACUUAUUUCUUCUGGACCUCAAGGGUUUGA